AUGUCAGCAAAACAACAGCGGUCACGGAAUGGGUGUUUGACAUGCAGAUCACGACAUCUGAAAUGCGACGAGAUGAUUCCCGAAUGUCUGAACUGCAAGAGGUCCAACAAAACGUGUGAACGUGGUAUUCGGAUCAAGAUGAUUCAAACGACACGAUUCGACGUGAAGAAGAACGACUUCAACUAUCGACCGCGUGGACAAUAUCAGUUUUUGGACCAGUCGCUCGCAGUUGCCUCAGAUUACAUAGGUGGCGAUGUGGGCUACAAGCCGUACAUCAAGUUGCAUACUCCAGAGGACCUUCGGGAGAGUCUUGACCAGUACAACUUGUCCACGGACGCCCCACCAGCAAAAAAGGCCAAGAUCUACGAGACUGCCACCACAGUGAACAUGUCGCUGGUAAAUCAGAUUGAGAGUGCAUUAAAGGACCGGGACGAGAAAAGUUACAUAUCGGCGCUUGUUGAUAAGGAGGAAAGCUCUUCAGCCAUGGGGGGAUCGUCCACCUCAUUGGAUUCUCCUUUAAAUUUAACAAGUCGCGAUUCGCCUUUGUACAACUCGAGCUCUACACAGUCUGAAGGUAAAAGUCCUCAGUUGACACCGUCGAAGAAUAGAGCAGAGGCUCUCUUACUCGCCAAUUUUGUUCAUCAUUGUACGUGGAUACUAGAUUUUGUUUGCAACGGCAACGUGGUGCCACAUUACGUCCGACUUUGGGAGGACGAGAUUAUGCCAAAUAUGGUUGUGCGAGAUGAGGAUCUACUGCGAUGCAUUUUCAGAUGUUCUCUAUCGUUCCCUCCUCAAAAGUGGCACGGUCUUAUUCCUGUUCCGCGUCAAAUAAAGACGGCACUACCACUUCACAUGAGAGUGGAGCCUUCCAAAGAAAAGCUUGAUUUUUAUGCAAAGCAAACAGAUGCGUACCAGAGCAGACUUUUCGAGGAAAUCCGGCAGGAUCCUUUUUUUCAAGACCCCCAAAACGCUCUACCAGACGAGAUUUCCAGAAUUAAAACGAAACUGGAGAAAUAUAUGAUCUCAGCAACAUUGGUUUGCUUGAGCAUUUACUUUGAGGACUUAACAAGACAAAAUAUGGUGAGUGCUGGCUAUUUGCAGGCCCAGAUGAAAAGCGUGAGCUCUCUGAUUCUCGAAAGCAAGAUUCUGGGUUCAGCUAUUUUUGCUGACUCCAGAAUUUUCGAAAGUUGUUUCACGAUGUUGUUCACCAUCGAUUUGUGGGGAGCAAUAAUGCACAAACAGCCGUCGGUACUAGAUCCGUUUGAGGUGGGAUAUUUGCUGCCUCUUCUGGCUGAGUCUGAUACUAACUCGGACUUGGCUCCUAACAAGUCUUCCGACACUUUUGAACAAGCCCGCAUAGAGGAACUAACCAAUGCUGCUACGGAGUCUGAUACCAUCCAACUUUCUCGGAUUCUCAUCAUUAUGUCCAAGAUCUACAGAUGUGGCCAGUCAGAUCUCCAGAACAUGGACGAAAAGUGGAUUCAGUUGAUCGAGGAGAUCAAUACUUUCGAGAAGGAACUUCCCUUUGUGUACGCACCAUCUGGACUCUCCAAAGUAACUGCCGAUGACGGAUUAGGGACAGCAAUGACGGAAAAAGAAUCCGGAACACCUGAGAGUAGAGCUUCAGAAGUGUUCAAGGCGCCUUUCAUGAAGAUACAAUUUAGCAGCACGGCGGGACUUGUGGUGCAUCUUCUUCACCAUGCAGCAUAUUUGAUGAGCGAAAAAGUUAAAUUGCCGACUUGGCCUUCAUUUUUCCCCGACAACGACAAUGAAGAUUGGAAUUUCCGGCUGAUCAAUUGGUACAACCUCAACACUACUUUCAAGCACUCCGAAGACAGCCCCACAGAACGAGAGCAUAUGGCCAUCAGAGUCAUAUCCAUGCUGCUUAGUGUGGAAAUCAAGUCCAACAGGCUUCACAUGAACGGAAGUCAGACCGGGAAGGGUCAGAUCAUAUACCCUCACUUCAAGUGGCUCUAUGACCUUUCACUGACCUUUCUGUCUCAGAAGAGCCUGAACGCAUUGGACGACAUGCUCAAUGAUUUACGAGGCCAAAGUCAGACUACUUAA